UUAUGGUCACACUGGAAAAUUUUGGAAAUUAGCAACGUUUAUCAGUUCAUUUUCACAGUUACUGUACAAAUUAAUUGGUCGGUCGUGUGCACAGCGAGGUUUCCUGAAGAGUCGAGCGAAGCCGCGGACAAGGGCUCCUAAUGAAGGUGUGUAGGUAAUACUUUGAGAGCCUUGUAAGACGCCAUGUCUGAAGAGGCGCUUUCAGAAAGUGACCUGGAGCCCAGCCUUAACAGUGAAGAGGAGUAUCUGGACAAUGAGGAAGAGGAGGACAAUGAGGACAUGGAGGAAGAUGAGGAUGAAAAUGAUGGAGACGAUGAAGAUGAUAGUAUUGAACGACCUGCAAGCGCCCAGAGCAGGACGGAAACAGCUCAAGAUGGCCGGGACUCCACCUCAGCUACCUCCGGAGAGCCAUCCUCAGAGCCUCCGUCUCAGCCUGCGUCCCGCCCGUCCUCCAGGGCUCCGUCCAGACCUGCCUCUCGCUCUCAGCCUCCAACCAGCCCAGAGAACUCGAGCCAGAGCAAGCCACCUUCCAGCAAAACAAAGAAACAUAAAGCCUCGAAAUUAACCAAAUCUUCAAAGUCUUCAAAAGGCUCCAAAAUUCCCAAGCCAUCUAAGCCUGCACACAUGAGGAAGAAUAUCAGGAAGCUGCUCAAAGAGGACCAGCUGGAGGCUGGGACCAAGGCUGCUCAACAGGAGGAGAUGGACAGGCGGAAGCGUCUGGAGCAGCAGAGGAAGGACUUCCCUACACCAGCCUCAGCUGUCCCCGACUCUCAGCUAGUCGAUGCUGCUUCAAUUUUAGGAGAAGUAUCUCACUUGGUCCCUGGUCUCCUGAGCAAGCAGGAUGUGAUCUGUCUGGACAGCAGUGGUGAUGAAGAUGAAAAAGUGGACCCCAAGCUACCUGCACUUGCCAUUAGAGAUGAUAUAAUUGAGCUUAGUUCUGGGGACGAGGACGCCCUGCAGAUAAGCAGCGAGUCGGCCGAUGAGGAUGCUGAUGGCACGGGGGCGUCAGAGGAGAGCAGCGGGGCACACAUCAACGACGCAAUGAAUCUGCCUGACGCACAGGGUCGAGUGCUGGUUAAUAUCAGUCACCCUGCAGACGAGAAAGACAUUUACCUCGCUCCGCAGCUGGCCAGGGCCGUCAAACCUCACCAGAUCGGGGGAAUCCGGUUUCUCUAUGAUAACCUCAUUGAAUCCCUGGAGCGGUAUAAAACCAGCAGUGGCUUUGGCUGCAUCCUCGCCCACAGCAUGGGGCUGGGCAAGACACUGCAGGUCAUUUCCUUCACUGACAUCCUACUGAGGAAUACUGAGGCUCACACUGUGCUGGCCAUUGUUCCUGUGAACACACUCCAGAACUGGCUGACCGAGUUUAACCUCUGGCUCCCGCCACAAGAAGCCCUCCCUCCCGACACUGACCCUGAACUUGUCACAGGACGCGCAUUCAAAGUUCACAUUCUCAAUGAUGAGCACAAAACGACGCUGGCCAGGGCCAAAGUUGUGGAGGACUGGUCCAGAGAUGGAGGGGUGCUGCUGAUGGGCUAUGAGAUGUACCGCCUGCUGUCCAUGAAGAAGAGCUUUGUGAUGGGCAAGAAGAGGAAAUCAAAGAAGCCCGCAGGACCAAUCAUCAUCGACUUGGAUGAAGAGGAUAGACAGCAGGAACUCAUGAAAGGUAUUGAAAGGGCCAUAGCGCGGCCCGGCCCAGAUGUGGUGAUAUGUGACGAGGGUCAUCGCAUCAAAAACUACCACGCCAGCACAUCCCAGGCUCUGAAGAACAUCCGCUCCCGGCGCAGAGUAGUCCUGACCGGUUACCCAUUACAGAACAACCUCAUUGAAUACUGGUGCAUGGUGGACUUUGUUAGACCUGACUUUUUAGGUACACGACAGGAGUUCAGCAACAUGUUUGAGCGGCCCAUUCUGAACGGGCAGUGCGUGGACAGCACACCUCAAGAUGUCCGCUUGAUGCGCUACCGCAGCCACGUGCUGCACAGCCUGCUGGAGGGAUUUGUCCAGAGACGAGGUCAUGACGUGCUGCGGGACCAGCUUCCCUCCAAGGAGGAGCAUGUGAUCUUGGUGCGGCUCUCUCCUGUACAGAGGGCGCUGUAUACUGAGUUCAUGAAGCGCUUUCGAGAAGCAGGGAACAGUGGCUGGCUCGGUCUAAACCCACUCAAAGCCUUCUGUGUAUGCUGCAAGAUCUGGAAUCACCCCGACGUCCUCUACGAAGCCUUGCAGAAGGAGAAUCAGGCCAACGAGCAGGACCUGGACCUCGAUGACAUCACUUCAGCGAGUAACCCUCGUUGCCCUGCACCGGGUGCCGGCCUCAAAGCCAAAGUAGCAGACUCGAGCAACAGUAAAGUCAACAACACCCUGCCACCUCUCAAUCCCUCUCAGGAUCGAGCCAAUCAAGUCAUCACGUAUGAAUGGGCAAAGGACAUAAUGUCAAACUACUGCACAGGAGUUCUGGAGAACUCUGCCAAGAUGAUUCUGCUCUUCCAUUUGAUUGACGAGAGUGUGCGAAGAGGGGACAAGAUUUUGGUCUUUAGUCAGAGUUUGUCCACCCUGACAGUCAUCGAGGACUUCUUAUCAAAGAGACCCAUGCCGACAGGCAUCGCCUCCUCUGACACCCAGAGCCAAAACUGGGUUCGCAACCUCAAUUACUACAGACUGGAUGGGAGCACAUCUGCCUCGGAAAGAGAGCGACUUAUAAAUCAGUUUAAUGACCCAGAAAACAUCGCAGCGUGGGUCUUCCUCCUGUCUACAAGAGCGGGCUGCUUGGGGGUGAAUCUGAUUGGGGCCAACCGUGUCGUGGUGUUCGAUGCCUCCUGGAACCCAUGUCACGAUGCUCAGGCAGUGUGUAGGGUGUACCGCUAUGGUCAGAGGAAACCCUGCUACAUUUACCGCCUCGUCUGUGAUUUCACCCUGGAGAAAAAGAUCUAUGACCGACAAGUGUCCAAACAGGGCAUGUCUGACCGCGUGGUUGAUGACCUGAACCCCGUGCUGAACUUCACUCGUAAGGAGGUGGAGUCACUGCUGCAUUUUGUAGAAGAGGAACCUGAACCAAUCUCUGUGGUGUCCCGGGAGGAGUUUGAAGGAGUGAUGUAUCAAGCUUGUCAGCUUUACCCACACCUCAUCACCAAGCAACCUUUCCAUCAUGAGUCCCUGCUGGUGGACCGGAAGGAGUCAAAGCUGACAAAAGCAGAGAAGAGAGCGGCCAAGAAGAGCUAUGAGGAUGAGAAGCGAGCCUUGGUGCCCUACUCUCGGCCAUCCUAUGCCCCCUAUUACCCAACCAGUGAUCAGGCACUUGCAAACAUACCAGCAUUUAACCAACGCGGCUGGCGUGCCAUGGCACGGCCAGAUGACAAGCCUGUGGCAAGUGUCAGGCCCAUCCAGUCAACCCCUAUCCCCAUGAUGCCUCGCCAGGUCGGUAUGGGCAUGGCUGGCUCCAGCUCUGCCGGCAGCCUGCCUGUCAACUUCCUGCAGAAAGCUGGAGUUUAUGUGCAGAGGAUCGUCACCACAACUGAUAUUGUAAUCCCAGGAGCCAACAGCGCAACAGAUGUUCAAGCUCGAAUUAGUGCAGGAGAGAGCAUCCAUGUCAUCAGAGGAUCUAAAGGUACCUACAUCAGGACAAAUGAUGGGAGGAUUUUUGCCAUUCGAUCUGGAAAGAUCAGUAGGCCGGCAGCUGGAGGCUCUGCUCCUCAAAGAGACACCCAGGGGUCCCUGAUCCAUCCAGUCAGUAAUGGCUGCUCAUCCCCUGUGGACCAACAGCAUGGCUCCCCCAACGGGGAGCAGCGGCCCGCCUCUCCCUUAAGCUCUGAGAUCCUCAGAGAGCUCAGCCACUACACCUCCACAAGUGAUGCCGCCGCAGCUAUGGGGAAUGAAAUGCCGUCACCGUCAGAAAUGUCGGCUGUGCCAGCAGGGGAUGAAGGCGGUUCGCAAAACAAUCAGACUGCCGAUCUCAGCAGGCAACUCAGUGACGACCUCUUGAGCUCGGCUUUAGAGAUGCGUGGCAGCAAGCGUAGGAGUACUGAAAGCCAGGGCAACACACAGGUGGGAGGCAAACGCACUUCUGCCGCAGCACGUUUCCCUGGACUGUCCAUGGGCUCCAGUGGGCUCAGUUUUCCCCCCGUGGGUCUGAACAACUCCUCCCUACUGGGAAACCUAAGUCACAUGAGUCAUCCACUUCUGAUGGGUGGCACUGGUGGAUCGUCAUUCCUUCAGACACCAGGACAAACACUGGCUGACCUGCAGACCAUGUUCCCGUCUGCAGGCUCAGACCUUCUGAGACAGUCUGCCACAGGGAAUGGACACCUUCCCACCCCCUCCUCAUCCUCUCUGCCCACUGUUUUCUCCUCUGCUUCCACCACCAUCCCUAUGUCAUCUACACCCUCGGCAGCAACUUCUUCCUCCCUGGCAUCAGGUUCUCUGCCUCCGUACUUGAUGAAUCCCAACAUGGCCGGCCUGCUUUCGUCAGGCUUCCCCCUCAACUACAGUCAGUCACUGCUCCCUGAGCCGAGGAUGUUCCCCACCCCUCUCCUCUCUGGGUCAGGGGGGUUCCCCACGUCUAACUCCGGCUCUACUACAUCCAGUUUCCUCUCCCAUUUUAACAAUCCCACUUCCAGCCUGCUGGGGGCAGCUCUGACCCAGCCGGACGUACAUCAGAGUACAGAGAACGGCGGCAGUAGCUCUGAUGACGACGUUAUAGAGGUGACAGGACAGUAGAGACUCGAGACGUUCUGGAGAUGAAGUUUCACACACAAUUUUAUGAAUCAUGGCGAACAGAAAGUACAUUAGGGAUGGGAAUGCUUACAUGUUUACACGACUAAAUUAAUUAAAUUAAUUCUGUUACAGUUUCUACCCUGAGCUGAUGAUUAAUGGUCAGAUGCAUCGAUGUGUGAGCAAAUCAAAAUUCAAUUAAGGGUUAAGAGAAAAAAGUUAAAUUAUACAAUUAUGAAGUGACUCAUCUGAAUUAAAUAAACAUUUCAGGAACUAAAAAUCAGUUUUAAUCCUGAACACACACUAUGAAGAGACUGUGAUAAGUUAAAUGUGUUUCAGCCUCGCUGUGAGACUGGCCAUUAAACCUACAUAAUCACCCAUGAAAUAAACUGCAUUCCCAUUCCUAAUAGUCUCAUUAAACUACACACACUCACAAACACACACACAGACUCUCACCUGAAAAUGAGAGAAUCAACUUGUACCUUAAUGACUUUACAAAGUCAGAGUAACAAAUCCUUAUGCUGAAUAUCCCAGACUUGUUCAGCUGGAGCAUCAGAGCAGUGGGAAAAGACCUUUGUCUUUCGGGGACCAGCUGAAUCUUUCGGGGGCUCUCUAAGCACAGCCUCAAGGCCUCGCCGUGCUGUUAGUUUUAUUCCCCCUGAAUUCAGAUGGGAUAACGCGAUGAAAACUGCUUCAUGUUGGAUUGUCUCAUGAUAUAUUGCUAACAGUGCAAACCAAAAUUUGUCCUACUGUUAAACGUGUCAGCCGCACACACCUGCUGAGCACUAACUUACCCGUUUUCUUUCAGCAGUGUUUCCUUUUUUUAGUAAACAAUACUGGAAAGCUACAGAGUACAACAGAUAACUCAAGGAACCUGGUGUUUUUUUGUCAAAAUCCACUUGACAAUAUAUUUAGAGAAAAUCCUUGGAGGCUUACCUUUAACAGAAGAAAUGUUAGGCUUUCAGAGCAUAUUUUAGUCUUUAGUAAUUUGAUAGACAUUGUAGCAUCCCCUGUUGAAAGGAUAUUAUGUGUGAUACUAUAACUGAACAUGUUGAUACUUUGUAAAUAGCAGUCAUUAUCAUUGUUUAUAUUGCAAGUCAAUACUGUGCAGUGUGUAGAUUUUGGUUGUAGGGAGAUGGUUUAUUAUUACAGUGACUAUCAUGAUGAUAAACACGCUCUCACGUCGAUGCUGGGGAAACAAAUUUCAGUUCAGCUGUAUGAUUUCCUUUUAUUUUCCCUCCCCUUAAAAACUAAAAUGAAUGUACUUUCAUGUUAGCCUUUGAUAACACGGAGGCUCGGACAUGGAUUCGGACUGUGUUCUUUCAUUUUUAGCCUUAAACAACACAAAGGGGUCUUGAGUCUUAGCAUUUAUCUCAUCCUUUUUACAAAUCCGUUGGAAGAACUACUGAGCAUUUAGACAGUUGGUGUCAAACUCAAAACACAAGUAGAGGGCAGAUUCAGCAUUGUGAUUAAAAGCUCCGAGUGUGAAAGCCAAAAGGAACACAAAGCAAGGUUUAAAGGGUUACUCUGGUAUUUGUUUAUCGGACUCUACUUUCCUAUGUUUUUCUGUCGAAAGCCAGAUUUGCACGGAGCUAGUAUUACCAGGGGACCUCGUGUGAUUUAGAAAUUACCCCCCUGCAUCUGUGAUUCGUGCAGCACAUUUGCUCAGGAUAAACAAAGUCUGUAUUUUACUCAAGUUGACUGACAUUAUCCCCCGGAUAUGAUGCACACAGUCAUUUGUAACACAAACACUACUAGCGAUAAUGUACAUUUUACAAGUAGGUUAAACAAACAGUACCUAUCCUGCCACACAUUGUCACGUUAUCCAUCUCAGCAUCUGUCUAGAUUUCGCUCAGCAUCUGUCUAGAUUUUGCUGUGUGGUGUGAAGAGCCUCCUGCACCCAAAAUGCUGUCAAAACUUUCAUUUAUAAUUGCCAACGCAGCCUCCAUAAUUCAAAAUGAGGUGUAGAGAAACCAGAAAACCCAAAUACAACCCCAAAUCACUGAGGUGCUGAUUAUCAUAAGACUAAUAUUAUCAGUUUGGAGAAAUAUGAUAGGUAAUUUGUGAGGGAAUUUUUACUUGACAAAUUGCAGACAUAGCACAUUUUCGCAGGAUUAAGAUCACAGAACUCCACUGCUGUUAUUACAAAUUACCAGAGGUCCUAAGGUCAUACUAGUCCACUGUAAGUGACUAACGCAGACAACAAUUUUUGAAAUUGGUUCAGUGUUGAGCGAGACUGCCACAGCCAUGAAACAGGCUGUACAAAACAUUCGCUAAAAGUACUUGUUUUUGACACUGAGGCUCAGAUUGUUAUUGUAAGUGUCGGACCACAUUAUGGAAAGGACCUGACAGAGAUAGACCUUUUUGUUAGAGAGUAAGAUUUUUUUGUUUAACUAGAAACGGACCCGAAAUCCCCAUCUCCAUACCCACCAGACUUCAUCUCAAUAAUCAGUAAUUUUAUCAUUAUGAAACACACUUCAUACAAAGUUGACAGAAACAAAUUAAAACUCAAAAAAACUUUCUU